GUGGAGCGUUACCCUGGUUACGCUGUAACCGUCUGCUGUGGCUGCGUUCGAUGCUCGAGGCCUUUCUGGAGUCGGUCCAUUCAGGGUGUUGAGCCUAAAUCGGUUGGAAUUUCGUUAUAGCACAUAGUUACCGCAGCUCGGCAGAAGUGACGGCAAACAACGGGGUGACAUUCCUUCACACGUCAUAGAUCACGACUUUCUUUCUAUGUGGAAGGUAAUAGGAGUGUGAAAAAAUGGGUGAUAUUUUGGCCUAUGAAGCAGAUUUACUUGGAUUAGUGAAAGAGUUCCUAAGCUUUGGCGAAUUCAAUGACACCUUGAAAAGCUUCACAAAAGAGUGUAAAAGUAAAGGAAAACCACUCUCAAAAAGUGAUGGAUCUGCUGCAAGAGAAUCUAAGACAUUACUAAUACAGAAAGACCUCCUCAGUGCUUUUGAAGAUGGGGACCGGAAAACAUUUUUUGACAAGUGGGAAGAGCAUGUACCUACGGAGACUCGCAGCAAUGACCCCUUGGCUCAGAAGCUAGAAUUCUACUUACACAUCCACUUUGCCAUUUUCCCACUAAAGAACAAUACCAGCCGAAUUGAUCGGGCCGAUUGUGAAGAGCGAAUUUCUCAUCUUAAAACAUACCUGGAGACCAGUGGUGCUGCUUUAAGCCAGACUACAGAAUUUCUUCCGUUUUAUGCCCUCCCCUUCGUCCCUAACCCAGCUGUACAUCCCUCCUUCAAAGAGCUUUUCCAGGAUUCCUGGGCUCUUGAGCUGAAAUCACGUUUGGAGAAGUUCUUGUCGGUGACCCUUAAAGCUGGGACUGCACCUCGACUCCUUACAUUAUAUAAAGAGAGUAACCAAUACAACAAAGAUUUACAAUCACAGCAGCAGUUGUUGGAGGCUGAGCAGAGAGCUAUCACCUACAUGAAGCGGUUUAAUAAGAUGCAGUCUGACUACCAUAAUCUGAUUGGUGUCACAGCUGAGCUUGUUGAUUCUCUGGAGGCAACCAUCAAUGGAAAGCUGAUAACUCCAGAGUACCUGCAGAAUGUGUGUGUACGACUUUUUCACAGCCAGAUGAGACAAAGUGCUGCACAGAGCAUUGACUUUACCCGACCUGGCACUGUAAGUACCUAA